AUGCACCUCAAACCAAUCCAAACCCUCCUCCCAACCCUCCUCCUCUUCCUCCACCUCCCAACCCCAGCCCUAACCACCCAAUCCCCCCUAAGCCCCUCAACCCCCAAAUCCGGCAACCCAGUAAUAAACGGCUGGUACGCCGACCCCGAAGCCCGCAUCUUCGACACCACCUACUGGCUCUACCCAACCUACAGCGCCGCCUACGAAGCCCAAACCUUCUUCGACGCCUUCUCCUCCCCCGACCUCCUAACCUGGACCAAACACCCAACCAUCCUAAACCUAACCGCCAUUCCCUGGUCCACCAACCGCGCCGCCUGGGCCCCCUCCGUCACCCGCUCCCCGUCCACAGGGGAAUACUUCAUGUAUUUCUCCGCCGGCGACGGGGCGGGCAUCGGGGUCGCGAAAUCUCUCUCCGGGAGGCCGGAGGGUCCGUUCGAGGAUGUCCUCGGCAGGCCGUUGAUAGGGGAGACGGUGUUCGGGGCGGAGCCGAUUGAUGCGCAGGUUUUUGUGGACGAAGAGGAUGGGAAUAGGGUUUGGUUGUAUUUUGGGGGGUGGAGUCAUGCUGUUGUUGUUGAGUUGGGGGCUGAUAUGGUUAGUCUUAAGGGGGAGUAUUUGGAGAUUACUCCCAAGGAGUAUGUCGAGGGACCGUGGGUUUUGAGGAGGGGUGGGGUUUAUUAUUUUAUGUACAGUGUUGGGGGGUAA